AUGAAAAUGCAGAAGAACGAAAAAAAGGCGCGUGAUUCCGCAGACGCAAUGUUUUCAGAUGCAAACGACUCGUUCCCUUUCGAAAAAAUCAGCGAAGAUAUGGUACGUGAAUUAGACGGUAUUGAAAAAGAUAUGCUUUUAAAAGAACAAGUGGAAAGUGAAAAAGUUGAAAACGCGAACAAACACGGCAAAGAUAAUGCAUCAGGUCUUUUGGAAAAUUGUUUUGCACUUUUACAUGCUAAAGAUGACACCAGUAAGUUUGUUUCCUUAACAAUGCUUGCAAAGCUAUUGAAUGAAAAUCCCAACUUCCUCUUUGCUUUUUGGGAACAAAUGGAUAUGAAGUUUCUCGAUCGACUACUAGGAUCGAAAAAUUAUGAAUAUGCCGAUUUGGGAGUUUCCGUGUUGCUCGCCUUUUGCAGUGAUGAAAAGAUCCUUCGUAGUUCGUUGAUGAAAAAACGUAUACCAGCUUUGUUGACUUGUGCUUUGCGGCAUUACGAUCUUUGCAUUCCCACAAUAUGUGCUCUGGCGUCUAAUCCACGUUCGGCAAAGUCUCUCUUGUAUUACACAUCCUUUAUUACUAACGAGUUCCCCCUUUCUCAAGCUCUCGAGAUCUUGUCAUAUGGUUUAUAUGCACUAGACAAGAUUCAGCUUUACAUGAAACCAAUUUUUGAAGGAAUAGAGAAGAGAAAUGAGUGGAAGGCUCCUGUCACUUCUCAAUUUUUUAGAAAUCUUUUUGCCCGUUUCCCCGUUCAUUUAUGGUAUUCGGAUGAGCUUUGCUGCUAUGUUCGACCUCUUAUCAAACCUGUUUUGGAGGAAUUUGUUACAGAAGAGUCCAUUGAAAAUGCUUGUGUGCAACUUUUCUCCCUUUUGAAAGCAGUCGGUCCUGAUGUAGUAAUGGAAGACAAUAAAGAAUCUUUCCUCUUGGUGAUUGGCCGCUGUGCUGCAGAAAUUCGUGCAAACUUGGACCUUUUGGUGUCUACUCUUGAUGAAAAACAAAAGCACGAGACUCUUUCAUAUAGUGUGUGUUCAUGCUACGAAGUACUUGGAAUUUUGAUUCACUUUCUUUGCGAAAAUUGUGAUGAACUUUCUCAAACGAUUGAGCCCACCAAAUUCUUUCAACUUCAAAACACACUUUCAGAGCUGUUUGGAGAUACCAUGGAGUUUAUUCGUGAUGCUUGGGAUAAUAUGAGACAUCAUGAAAAGUUUGCUGUUCACGUCACAGUGGUUAGCGCAAUAGCUACUCUUUGUCUUUGGCUUACGGAAGAUGACAGUCAAUAUAAACAGGCUUCUGGUUUAAUGGAUGUAUUUAUGGCACUUUGGAAGUAUGGCUGGAAGAAUGGAGUUGAGUACGCAAAGUGGAUUGGACUGGCUCUUCCCAACAUGCUUCAGGAAGAAAUCUGUGUUAAGGCAUUCAAAAACGUGAAAGGUUGGGAAAUUGUAUGGGAUGAUUUCAAGCGUUGCAAUCAAGAAUUAGAAGCAAUGAGCUCAAAGCAAGCUUUAUUUGAAGAUGUCGCUGAAAAUGAAACGGCAACUCAAGCGUUUCAAGACUUAUAUAUUUUGUUAGAAGUGAAAUCAUUCGUUCCUUCUUCAAUUUGGGAACAUGAGGUGUUUCGGUCUCCUUUGUGGAAAGAUAUGUUGAAUGAUUCCUCAUGA